AUGUCUGGCCAGAUCAAUGAGAGACAGGGCACUCCAGAUGAGAGGCCCUCGGCUGAUUUGCACGAUAGAGAAGUAUCUGAAAAGAUGCCUUUGAAACAUGAACUUGAGAAUAGACUUGGCGAUUCUCAUGUCAAUCUACUACCCAAGAAGAAACUCGUCAUUUGUCUUCUUGUGAACGCGUUUUGCCUUUUUGUGUGCUUUUUGGACCAGACCAGUCCUACAGUGGCUCUUCCAGCUAUAGCUGAGGACCUAGGAGCACAGAAUUCUAUUAACUGGGCCGGUACGUCGUCGCUUUUGGCGAACUGUGUGUGCCAGGUCCUUUUCGGUCGCUUUGCUGAUAUUUUCGGCAGAAAGAAUAUGCUUAUGGGUUCGCUUGCAAUGCUUCUUAUCGCUAAUAUGCUUUGUGGAUUUGCAAAGACUGGUCCUCAGUACUAUGUGUUUAGAGCAUUUGCUGGUAUUGGUGUUGGGGGAACUCAGUCUAUGGGAAUGGUCAUCUUGAGUGAUGUGGUUACUUUAAAGCAAAGAGGAAAGUUCCAGGGAAUCUUGGGAAGUGCUGUUGGUUUGGGUAACGCUGUGGGUCCUAUCAUCAUGGCUGUUUAUGUGGAGAAUUCUACAUGGAGGAACUUCUAUAGGACACUUCCACCGAUCAUGGCUGCUGUCAUUGUGGUGGUGUAUUUCGUUAUCGAGGAUAACAAGAAACAGCUGGGACUGGUUCUUUCAAUGAGAGAAAAAUGGAAGAAGAUAGAUUAUGUGGGUAUUUUCUUCGCUACGGCUGGCUUGACCCUUCUUUUGAUUCCUAUCAGUGGAGGUGGUUCUACUUACGCUUGGGAUAGUGAUUUGGUGAUCGCUAUGUUCGUCGUUGGCGGUGUUUGCACUAUCAUCUUCCUUAUUGUGGAAUGGAAGAUCCCUGAGUUGCCUAUGAUUCCAGUUUACAUUUUCAAGAACAUGUCUUUGAGCUUUUUGCUCUUGUCGACCUUCUUAUAUGGCAUUGCCUACUUUGGAUUUUUAUUCAUCAUCUCCUACUACUUCCAGUUGGUAAAGGGCCAGGACGCGUUGCAUUCUGCUUACUAUUUGCUUCCUUUGGUGCUCAUGCAAGCUAUCAUGUCAAUCACUGCUGGUAAUAUUAUUUCAUAUACUGGCCACUGGAUUCAUGUUGUCAUCAGCGGGUACCUGUUCUGGAUUACCGGUGCUGGAAUGACCAUUGCAUGGAAAGAAAACACUGGCACUGGUAUGAUUGUCGGUACGCUUCUUGUCAUGGGUGUCGGCAUUGGUUUUAUUUUCCAGCCUACCAUGGUUGCCGUCCAAGCAAACGCUACUAUGGCGCAAAGAGCAGUUGUCAUUGGUACAAGAAACGUCUUGAGAGCUUUUGGUGGUGCUUUGGGCGUUGCAUGUGCCACAUUAAUUGUAUCCAACUCUUUGAUCAACGAGAUUGACAAAGAGCUUGGCGACCUGGCUGUUCCUCGUCUGUUCUUGAUCAACUUGAAGGCCAACAUUUAUACCAAAGCUGACCUUAGUGGCCUCACAGAAUUGCAAAAAGACAUCGUUAGGAAGAUGUACAUGAAAUCCAUUCGAAACGUGUUUUACUUUACGAUUCCUUUGCUUGGUAUUUGUCUUAUUCUACUGUUCCUUGUCAAAGACAGAGGCCUCCAAUGUCUUGAUCAGCAGCCAGAAAAGAAAGACAAGGAGUCGACCGAGACCGAUGGCCACCUGAGCGAUCAUGCUUCCAUCAACCAAGUCCCUGGCGAACACGAGAAAGAGAAAUAG